GCAGCUGCUGUCAGUUUGAGGUCUUGUUUUUUUCACUCGCAGCAAGCCCAGAACCACGCGCCAUCAGAAUCUGCUAAAAAGAUUUUCCCAAAAAGUUUCUGUGGCCGUAAGCGUUAGAAAACGUUCUAAAAAGUGGUAAAAGUGAAAAGGUACUAGCAGUUGACUAGUUGGAAGAGAUUCUCCAUUUUGUGAGGCAUUUCCGGCAAACAUUCGAACGGGGUUCUAGCAUCGAAUUUCGUUUCGUUCGUGGCCAUAGAUUUUGAGAUUCAACGAUAACGCUAAAGAGAGAAUGAGUAGCAUCAGCAAGAUACACUUUAGCAGCACCACCGGGGUGUCGCUAAAUGAUCGAUUCACAGUCAUGGCAAAGAUGGGCGAUCCGGGUGUUGCGGUUCGCGGUGGAGGAGCCGGUGGGCCACCUCUGCAGCUUGGAGAACGGUCCAGUGCCCGCUCGAAUUCGCUGUCCCGAUCAUCGGAAGCAAAUCGUCAGCUAGUUAGCCAGUGGGACUCACAGUGGCGUCCGCAUACUGCGCUACAAAGUGCACUACAGAUGAAACAUGCUUCCUCCAUCCGUUCGGGGCGUCAAAGAUUGCAGCGCAGUAACGUCCAGGCACAACUGAAACGUACUCUCGGUGCCAUUCCGGGAGGAUUUCAGCGUAUGCAACGGUCCAAUAGUUUCGGAGAUAUCGCUACGAUGAAUGCUGAUCGUGUCGAAUUUCAGCAAAGAUUCCGCAACAAAGGAAAUACAAUCGCCGCUCGCCUAGGGCAAGCCCGUGCGGCCGCUAGCCGCAAUGUUCCCCGUGGUCGCUCUCGUACCCGUAGUGUGUCACGUGGUCGAAGUGCAUCUCGUACUCGCAGCGUAUCGCGCAAUCAUCAGCCAUCGCUGAGCCGCUCAAACUCACAGACAAACCUCCGUCGAGCUGGAUCGCGCAGCAACCUUUCGCGCUCCAACAGUCGUAAUGGGCUCAACACGAACGCCGCAGGAACAGGAGGAAUACGUCAACGUUUGAAUCGCAACAAAUUGACAUUGGCCGAACGCAUUGGAACCCGCAAUGGUGCGGUUGCAGCCAACACGCGAGGUCGUAGUCGUAGCCGUAGCCGUGUACGCGGUGCAGCGGCGACCGCAGCCGCUGUACAAGGACAAGGCACCAAUAGCCGCUCACGAUCGCGCAAACGAGCUGGUUCACGAGUGACUGCACGCGCCGGUAGCGUCAACAGCCGGCUCGGUACAAACCGUACCGCCGAACCGAUAGGUCGCGUAGCGAGUGGUCGCAUUGCCAAGCGAAGCGGUAGUCGUCGACGCCGUGGCGUACAGCCGGCAGCGGUGGCAGGCAAUGGUGGUGCCGCAGGAACGCGCACUGGACGCCCGCUGAAGAGAGGACCAGCGAAAAGAAAGGCGGCGCCCGCUAAUGAUAAAAAGGCAGCAAAUGGCUCAGCAGCAACGGCGGCCGCCGGUGGAGCUAGACGAGGACGUUCCCGAUCGCGCCGUGCAAAUUCACGUGUUCGCGGACGUAGUGCAUCGAAGGGCCGUGGUACGCAAGCAGCCAAGCAGCAGAAGCAACCGAAGAGCAAGGAAGAGCUGGACAGCGAGCUGGACCAGUACAUGGCAAACACAAAGUCCUGUCUCGAUCGGGAAAUGGACGAGUACAUGAACGGUAUUAGCGCUCAUUGAACGCGUGAAGACGAACCGCAAAGAGAUCGGUUCCACGCAAACCAUGCUAUCCUUUUUUAGCUUUAGUGACAAACUGUAUUUAAGAAUUUACUUUUGAACUGUAAAUAUGAUUCUCACCAUCCUAGCCGUUAGUACUUACUCAAUAAAACGUAAUCGUUCGUUCGAAUGGAAAAUGAA